CAACGGUUGAAAGCAAGCCACGCUAGCCAUAACCGAACCUUGAAAUUACUACCAACACGACCAACAUGUCUCGCCCACCAUCGUCAACAAGCGAUGUCCUUCUGUACUUCCUUGCGCUCUUCCUCCCACCGGUCCCGGUAUUCCUCAAGAGGGGCUGCGGCGCUGAUUUCCUCAUCAACAUUUGUCUUUCCAUUCUAGGCUGGAUUCCGGGCGUACUUCAUGCUUGGUACAUCAUCUCGCAAACGGAGCGAAAUGCUGCGAGGGCUGCGACAAGGUAUUAAGAGCAAGACGAACAGUAAGGGCGCAAUUUUUGAACAGGUGCACUCUUCUGCAAGAAUGCGAAAGAGUUGGGGAAGAUUAGGGGAGCAACACGCGUAUACCACUGGGAACUAGAUUAAUCAGGCGACAUUGCAGAGUCAUAAUACUAUUUUCUUCGAUCUAGUUUGGCAGCUUUUCAUAAUAAGUUGCAUAGCGUUGAAGUGCUCAUCUUUA